CUCCCUCGGUACACGACAUCGGCGCACCUUCCGACCGAUUCACGCUCGCUGCUUCCUCCACACCGCAAUCAAUCAUACACAUCCAACCUUCACAAUGGCGUCGAGCUCGCGGGGCAUGUUCCCGCGAGAGGAGAAAAGCUUGGGAGACAAGCUCUUCGACCUCAUGAGGGAUCCCUUCAGCAGUCAGGUCGCAGGAAAUUCGAUUGUCGCCGCCCUGGGCACCUCACUGGGCAUUACCGCCGCCAUCUUUCUCGCCUUCUGCAUCCUCCGGCCAUGGAACGAUAUCGUGUACGCGCCUCGCCUCCGCCAUGCCGACGACAAGCACAAACCGCCGCCCAUGGACAAGAGCCUCUUUGCUUGGUUCCGCCCUGUCUUCAAGACCAACGAGCACGAGUAUAUGCACAUGAUUGGCAUGGACGGCACCGUCUUUUUGCGCAUUGCUCGCAUGUUGCGCAAUAUGUUCAUCUGCCUCGCCAUAGUCGCUUGUUGCAUCAUACUACCCGUCAACCUUGCGAAAGCCAGCGAUGUCGGCCAAGACAAGUCCAUCUCUGGCAUCAUCUUUACGAUGACACCUAUGUUCUUGUUUGGCCAGCCUUUCUGGGCCUUCGUGGUCUGUGCCUACGCUUUCGAUCUUAUCGUCUGUGGUUUUCUUUGGUGGACAUAUCGCGCUAUCCUGCAGUUGCGGAGAAAAUUCAUGGAGAGCCCCGACUACCAGAACAGCCUCCACUCGCGGACCUUGAUGAUCACGGAUGUUGCCAGGAAUUUGCGCACCGACCAGGGCAUUGUCGACAUCACCGACAGCAUCAAGGCGACGCCCGAUGUCCCGCGUGCAGCCGUUGGUCGAAACGUCAAGGACUUACCCGAUCUCAUUGAAGCUCACGAGGAGGCCGUCAUUGAGCUGGAGCAAGUCCUGGCAAAAUAUCUGAAGAAUCCGGCCAGCCUGCCAGCAACACGGCCACUCUGCAAACCUUCGAAGAAAGAUCCGGAAUUUGGCGGCAGACAAGAAAAGGUGGAUGCGAUUGAUUAUUUGACGGCGAGGAUUCUGCGUUUGGAGGCUGAAAUCAAGAACGUCAGGGAGACCGUAGACAAGCGCGACGCAAUGUCCUACGGAUUUGCCAGCUACGAAACGAUUGAAUCUGCACACACAGUAGCGUACGCCGCGCGGAGCAAGAAGCCCAAGGGUGCCAUUGUCCAGCUUGCCCCGAGGCCCAAGGACAUCAUAUGGAAGAACCUCUCCCUGGACGCAAAGACCCGGCGCUGGAGGAAGUUUGUCAAUAGUCUGUGGAUCACGCUGCUUACGGUGUUGUACUUCAUUCCCAACGCCCUUAUUGCCGUCUUUCUUGCCCAGCUGAACAACAUUGCUUCCCUUUGGCCGGAGUUCGAUAAAGAAUACAGGAGCAAUCCCAAAACAUGGGCAAUUGUGCAAGGUAUUGCUGCACCGGCUUUGACCUCGCUGAUUUACUACUUCCUGCCCAUCAUAUUCCGCCGCCUUUCCAUUAAAGCGGGCGAUCUUUCAAAAACGUCCCGUGAACGACACGUCAUCUCGAAGCUCUACUCUUUCUUUCUCAUCAACAAUCUCAUCAUCUUUUCGCUCUUUGGUGCCGUGUUCAGCAUGAUUGCGAACACCGUGGAUCUCGCUACUAAGAACAAUAUGAAGUGGUACGACAUCAUCAACGAGGUCCACCCGCUUGUAAACACCAUGAUUGCUCUCUGCCGAAUUUCCCCUUUCUGGGUAACUUGGCUCAUCCAGCGUAACCUUGGUGCUGCGAUCGACCUAUCUCAGGCUGUCAACCUUGGAUGGGGAUCUUUCUCCAGGAAGUUCUUGAAUCCGACGCCGCGUGAGCUCAUCCAGCGGACGGCUCCUCCGCCUUUCGAUUAUGCAGGCUACUACAACUACUUCCUUUUCUACUCGACCGUUGCCCUCUGCUUCGGAUCUCUCCAGCCCAUCACCUUGGUCGUUACUGCAUUCUACUUUGCAGUCGACUCCUCCAUGAAGAAAUACCUUCUGCUAUACGUCUUCGCGACCAAGAACGAUUCUGGAGGUCUCUACUGGCGCACCAUCUUCAAUCGCCUCCUCGUCGGUACUUUCCUCUCCAACUGCAUCAUCGCCCUCAUGGUCGCCGCUCGUGGUGGUGACAGAACGAUGAUGCUUGGCGCGAUGGCUCCAAUCCCGUUCUUGCUGCUCGGUUUCAAAUUCUACUGCAAGGCCACCUUCGACAGUGCCAUCAAAUACUACACCAAGGGUGAAACACCCAAGGGCGUCGAGGCCCCUCCGCCGAUUGACAAGGAAUCCCGCAGGCGCGAUCGCGUCGCCGUCCGCUUUGGCCACCCUGCCCUCUACCAAAAGCUCACCGUGCCCAUGGUGCACGAGAAGAGCAAGCACCUCCUCGCGGAAGUCUACCGCGGCCGCCUUGACGGCGAUCUCGGCGCCACCGCUGGUUAUAGCGACGUCUACAGCAUGAAGCGCAUGUCCAAGGAAAACCCAGGCAAGGCCGCCGCGUCGCCAGGUCCCUUCGAAUUCGUCUCAGAGUCCAACAUGGACUUCGAGAAUUUCAAGAACCGCCCCGAGUUCGCUGACGAGGCGGGCGGCGACACGGGCUCCCUCUACGGCCCGUCAACUAUCAGCCGCCCCAGCACACCGUCGACGGUCAUGGGCGGCAACGAGCGCGGACGUCCAAUGUCCAGGGGAAGCGACCGUGACGAGCCCGGCGUCGGCGUCACGUACCCCGCGGGCUAUCACUCUACGCCGAGCAAUCUGCGCGAGUACAGUCCCAGCCCCGACAGCCGUGGCUUUGGCCGCACGGUCAGCAACACGAGUGCGAGGGACGACGCGAUGCUGCUGCACGGCGCGCAGCCGAUGGGUGGGCAUACCCCGCUGAGUAGUGCGUAUACUCCGUAUAGUCCGGACCGGACGGGUCAGGGUAGGACGGACUACUUUGGUGGAAGAUAGAUGGCGGUUGAGGGUGCGGAAAACGACUUUAAUGAUUGGCUUUUUUCUUUUGUUUGGCAAGUAGAGUCCUGCGGGACGGGAUUUCGAAUAGUCUGGACAUGGCAUCUAGAGGGCGUUUUACUUGUGUGGCAUAUUUGCGGGAAGCAAAGCGAAGCGAAGAGAUUGAGUG